AUGGGGGCUUGUGGAUCUAGCACAUGUUUGACCACGCUCAGGACGCUGCGCCCAUCACCCAUCCACCUGCCUAACCUGUUGACACUGAGAGCAACGGGUGAUAGGCUGCAGGCUGUGUCCCGUGGUCUGGGGGUCACAGCGGGACGUGAGGUAACCAUGACCCAACUUCAAGUCCCUCUCCAUUGUCCUGCCACUGCCAGCCAGAGGGCAGCAGCUCUCCACUGCCUCAGUAACCUGGUGCGAGUGUUCCGCCGCUCUCAUGGCCUGUGGAGUGGACAGGGAGUGGGUGAAUGGGUAAUAUCCACCACUACGGGGUCAGAGAUCACUGUGCGAGCUGCAGGCAUGUUYCCGAGCUGCCUUCGCUUUGAUGGUAGGAUCAGAGCCCAGGUCUCCAUCUCCGGCCAACUCCUCUCCUUGACCUCUGGUGGCUCCAACAAGCCGGCCCAUGCCGCUGCACCAUCAGCGAGUGAUCAGACCAAGAGUUAUUUUCCUUGCAAAACCUCUGUGAUAAGUAGACAACCCAGUCGAGCACAGAAGCUCUGGAAGAAGAGCCCCAAGCACAAACAUUGUCACAACGCCAACAAGCUGUGCAUGGUCCCAGAGAUGCUCCUCGUGRACACCCUGUGCAGAUUUGUGUACGCCAUCUACCCCCUGAAGGACUURUCUCCGUGGAUAGAGGAGGUUAUUSAAAAACGUAUAGAGCUGACAUGGCAACUGUUCCUCCUGGUCCAAGAGGCCUUGGCAAAAGCUACGAAGACCAGAGCCCUACAAAGAGCACUGAGAAGGCUUUCAGAGCCUAACCAAAACCAUGGUCCACUGGAGCUCCGGCUAGGAGACCUGCUCUACAGCAACUUUGAGAAGGACUUCCCUUCACAGCGCCCUCUGGUGCCAGAGGCCUUCCUGGGMGACCACCAGCUCUGCUUGGAAGUGUCUGUCAUGGUGAGCAGGGUGCUCCUACAGCACUGGACCCCCAGGAUAACUUUCUCCCCUGACUGUGAGGUGCAGGACAUUAGUCCCAGACUGAGGCGUCACAGCGGGAGCCUCACUCGCCACUGGUCCUCGAUGGACAAUCUCAGCGAGUUUGCUGAUGAAGGUGAUGAGGAGCAGUGCUCUGUGGAAGCUGACGGAAAGCAGGAGAAAAAAGGACUGCAGAGUUUUUUUUCGCAGAGUUUGGAAUUCAUUGAAGCAAUCCGCCAUCUGUGGCUGUCUGCGCUCUAA